GGGGCCUGGCUGGCAAGAUGGCGCCCUCCGCGCUGCUGCGGCCCUUGUCGCGGCUGCUGGCUCCCGCCCGGCUUCCGAGCGGCUCGGCCGCGCGGUCCAAGUUCUACGUGCGGGAGCCGCUGCACGCCCAGCCGAACUGGCCCAAGGUCGUGCUGACCUUCGCCACCACGGGCUUCCUGUGGUUCAAACUUAUCACACAACAUCAAGAAGAUGAGUUAGAGUAUAAAAGGAGAAAUGGAUUAGAAUAAACUGGAAAUGCUAAUAUAGUAUGUUCCACAUGACUAUGGAAGUCCUUCUGAAUUCCCAUCUACUGAGUUGUGUGAG